AUGGCUACACCAGCCCUCCCAUCACACCCAGGCCCCGACCAUCAAGUCUCCAUUAAGGUCUUUUACAACGACAGCAACCGCCGCUUUAAGCUACCUCUGAAGGACCUCCAGGCUCAGGUUCUGCCCCAGAAGCUCCGCUUGCUUCUCGGCGUUCCGGCAAAUGUCAACGUCAUCUUCGAACGUUAUUCCGACAGCGCUGGUAACUACAUCUUUCUAGACGAAUCGAACCCCUCCGUCUACAAACAACUCUACCGCGCCGCCAAAGCCAAGUCCAAGCUGCGUAUCAAGGCCACUGUGGUCGCUUCCUUGGCACCAGGGCCUUCAGACUUCUCUAUCCCUGAGCCAUCCUCUCAGAGCCCUCCUCGAUACAGCUACCUUGAGACUGUUCUCAGCUCACCGAUCCCUAUGGCUCACCCCGAGACCCUUCCCGCCACAUCUGAGCUGGCGACCACCUCUAUCGAAAUCGACGCCUUCCAGCCUCAGUCGACGCAGACAACCAUGCAGCCUCCUCGCUACCGCGACUUUGAAGCCGACGACAAGAUUCGCUUCCCUGUCAUCUCUCACAGCUCCCCCAACGGCAUGUUUUGUAUUGACUGCAACAACUGUGGUCGAUCUAUUGCCAACGAGCACUAUCACUGCAGUAUCUGCGAAUACGGCGACUACGAUGUGUGCCCGCAGUGCAUCGAGGCGGGUGCUUCGUGCCGUAGCGAUGGCCACUGGCUGAUUAAGAGAAUGGUGGUGAACGGCAUCGUGACCAACAGCACGACCGAGACCAUUCCCCCUCGUCAACUUCAGAGUGAGGCUCAGGCUCAGGCCCAGGAUACUCAAGCUCAGGAGACUCCCGAACUCACCGAAUCAGUUGCUCCUGUGCAGCAGCAGCAGCAGCAGCAGCAGGAGGAGGAGAAACCGAUCAAUCUCCAGCUACCAAAGCACUGCCCAGGUUACAAGGCUCCCACGGCUCCCACCACUGAACGCGUUUCGGAGAUGGAGGCCGCUCUCAUUCCUGGCUUUGCUGCCCGGUCUGAUGUCGCCGCCCAGGGCAGUGUUCCGGGUGAUGAAAACCCUAUGUGCAAUGGAUGCUGUCGUGAAGUCGAUGAGAGCAACCUGGUGCGAUGCAAUGACUGCGAGGACUACGACCUUUGCCUUCGUUGCUUGCUGCGCAACAAGCACGGCCACCACCCUGCCCACACCUUCUCGCUUGGCUCGGACCGCAACUUCUGCCUGAAGAACUUGAUCAUGUCUCGCUGUCUCCCCGGUCGCCAGUUCAAGCACGCUGCCAUUUGUGAUGGAUGUGAGAAGCGUAUCGUCGGCACCCGCCACAAGUGCCUGUCUUGCCCUGACUGGGACUACUGCGCCUCUUGCGUCCAGAAGGCCGACCAGGACCACCCUGGACACCGCUUCGCCCCUAUCUACGAAGCUAUUGGUGAUCUGCCUCGUGACUCUGAGGUCCACUUUGGCAUCUUCUGUGAUGGCCCGCUGUGCAAUGACAAGCCUGCUCAGAGCUAUAUUACCGGCGUUCGCUACAAGUGUGCCGUCUGUGACGACGUUGACUUCUGCGCGAGCUGCGAGGCCCACCCCAGUCACCAGCACAACCGCACCCACCCCUUGAUCAAGUUCAAGACCCCCGUGCGCACCGUCACUGUUAGCACUAUCACCGAGGAUGAGAAUUCCACUGGCCACGUUUCUCUGGGUGACCAGCCUCGUGUCCCCGUCGACACCCCGGCUCCUCUGCAUGAGAACGUCGAGGAGAAGAAGCCUGUCAUUGUCGAGCAGUCUCCCGUAGAGGUGGAGGCCACCAAGCCUGAGCCAGCUUGGCCUGCUCCCUACCACCCGGUCCCCGCUGUCGAGGCACCCGAGGCUAUCAAGGAGGAAGACUCGAGCAGCUACAAGGCUUACUUUGUUCGCGAUGCGAUCGCCGAUGGCACCAAGCUGCCUCCAAACACUAUCUUCCGCCAGACGUGGACUCUCUUCAACCCUGGCCCUCUUGCCUGGCCGGCUGGUAGUGAUGUCCGCUUCGUCGGCGGAGACACCAUGUUCAACGUGGACUCUAGCCACCCAUCGAGCGUUGAGUCUAUCCGCUGUGCUAUGGAGAGCAACAAGCUCACUACCCCUCUGGGUCCCGGACAGAGCGCCGAUUUCACCGUGACCCUUCGCACCCCUCGCCGUGAGGGCACCGCCAUCUCGUACUGGCGUCUCAAGCUUCCCAACGGUGUCCCUAUUGGCCACCGAUUGUGGUGCGAUAUUCAGGUGCAGGGUGUCGUCUCUCCCACCCCCUCGGUCGUUGAGCCGGUCAAGAAGGUCGUUGAGGAGCCCGCCGAGUCCGAGUCCUCCGCUGCUAGCACCGAAACUGUCGGUAGUGGCAUGAUCUUCCCCAAACUGGAGAAGGAGUCUCCCGAGUCUAGCCUCCAUGAAGAUAUCGUAUCGACCGAUCGGGCUGCGAUCGAAUCGACUGCUUCGGAGGCAGAUGUCCUGGAAGAUGUCGAGAGCCUCACUUUGGAUGACGUCUCCACUGACGCUGGCUUCCUGACCGAUGAGGAGUAUGACGUCCUCGAUGCUAGCGAUCAGGAGUUCCUGGAGGCCAAGCAGUCUAUUCACUAG